AUGAUGAAUGGCUCCGACCUCGCCAGUACAACGGCAUCCAAUCCCAAAUCCAAAGAGGACCAAGUAGUGAACGGCCACGAUGAGAAGGAAAACAACCCCUUUGCGGAGUACAUGUGGAUGGAGAACGAAGAAGACUUCAACAGACAGGUGGAGGAGGAGCUGCAGGAGCAGGAAUUCCUUGACCGCUGCUUCCAGGAGAUGCUGGAGGAAGAAGACCAGGACUGGUUCAUUCCCUCCCGCGAC